GGAUCUCGUCGUAGUGGUAAAGGCUACCUCCGCUUUCUGCAUGACUACAUGAUAAUGUGACACUAGCGCCUUCAGUUCAGUAUCACACGCUCUGAGAGAAUGAGUCACUGCGCGCGGAGUCUGUGAGUGCCAGUCACUUGCGUUUAUCUCUCUUCCACUCGUUUUAUUUUACACGUGUAUUGACAGGUUCUGUCUCACCGUGAAAUUAGCGCAAAAUAAACAGCCACCGUUUACGCGACAGUUUUCCGACAACCAGUCGAGUGUUUUGUGUACGGGAGCAAUAUAGCAAGUGUUCUGCGUUCGUCUAUGAACGGCAUCAUCUCUGAGCUACAAUGGAGCAAAAUCCAAAGUCUUUAAGAAUGUGGAUAAUCAUCUGCCUUUUGUUUAUUUUGGGUCAAGCAAUGGAGAAUGACAGAGACUUUAAGAUGUGUGGAACAUGGCGCCAUGGCAACGCAUCCCGAAAUCUGAAAUAUGAUUUGAAAACAGGCUGUAAAGAAAUUGAGAUUUCAGCCAAUGAGAGUACACUCUCAAUUGAAGGCAGUAUCACAGCCAUGUGUACGCGAUCUUCAUCCAUUCCUCUAAUAUCAAACCCUCUUCAAAAUCAGAGUCAUUUCUGUGUGUUGUGGGAGCCGCUGCUGGACCUGCUUAUAGUGCAGGUGAAUGGAACGAAUCACACUCUGUGUGAAUCACAUGGCCUUCAAAAAAACUGCUGCACUGACCUCUCACAAGGGAUUCACACAUCUGCUGCUUUGUAUGGUAUUGUAAAAGGCAGCACCCAGGGUGAUAUCAUCAGAUAUGAUGCCAUGGAAGUAUAUCGUUUUCGAGGAGAUACAAUCAACUGCAAGGAGAAAUUCUGUGAUGAGGCAAGUCAGAAGCACAGUGGAGCAAACAUGAUAGAGGAAGUGGUGAUGAAAUCCAAUAAAACAGGUCAUGUGGAUCUACCUUGUGCUGAGAGCACAAUCAUUGAGAUGAAAGAGGGUUUCACAGGACUCAAUUUCACUCUGAGAACUCAAACUGUAGCACCAAACAUGACACCCUCCGUUUAUCUUCCUUCCUGUCUGAAAUCCCAAUCAAGAGACACAUCCAAAGUGGUGUGUACUUACUUCCAAAAAAAGACCUUGUUCCAGAGGGACUCAUAUGAUCUUCUGGGUGGCAUAGUUGGACUCUCUGUGGAGAACGAGAUCAUCAAAAACCUCCCAGAACCUGUCAGAAUCAGGUUCCAUCACUCUGCUAUCCCACCUAACCAUUCUAGAAGCUGUGUUUCAUGGGACACAAGACGAGAUAAUGAAGUGACCUGGAGAUAUGACGGCUGUGAUACUGUUAAAAUCCAUGACACAGAGACAGAAUGUUGCUGUAAUCAUCUCACGUACUUUGCUAUUCUUGUGCAAGUGGAACAGAAGGCUACAGUUCGCCAUCUACAGACUCUGACGUUCAUUACAGCUGUGGGCUGUGCUGUGUCUUUAGUUAGCUGUUUGGUUCUCUUCUACUGGCUCUGUAACCGCAGAGGGAAGAAAACCCAGAUCUCACUGGUUCACCGUGGUCUAGUCGUGGCGAUAUUUCUUCUGUGCUUGUUCUUCAUUCUUACUGGCACACUGGCCAAUGUAGGAAAUGAAACUGUUUGUAAGAUGACAGGAUCCCUUCUGCAUUAUGCGCUGCUGAGCACACUCUGCUGGAUGGCCAUGGAAGUGUUUCACACGUUCUUGCUCAUUCGCAAAGUGUUCACCUCAACUCUCCCGACAUGGAUAUUUUACUUGGUAGGCUUUGGUCUUCCGUUUCUGCUGGUCGGUAUACUGCUCUCGAUACAGGAUAUUUAUGUUGUGGAUAUUUAUGGCAAAAGGGAGAUUGUACCAAGUGAUGAUGUCAACAGUUCUUAUCGCAUGUGCUGGAUGUUGGAGAAUGAAAAGAGCCUAUUGGCUCAUUACAUCAUAAAUGUUGGCUUACUAGCUGUUGUGGUGAGCUCUGGAGCCAUCAUGCUUUUCCUUGUGGUGAGGGAGAUCCGCAACCGACCUGACUGGAAGAAGAUUCAUGUGGCUUUUCUCAGUAUCUGGGGUCUCACCUGUCUGUUUGGCACAACAUGGGGCCUUGGUUUCCUGGAUUUUGGUCCUAUGUCAGAGACCAUUCUCUUCCUCUUCUGCAUUAUCAAUAGUUUACAAGGAUUUUUUCUCAUGCUGCGAUACUAUGCUCUUGAACAGAUGAAAAAGAAAGAUAGGUCACUUUCGGAUGGGAGCAGCUCUGGAUCUUCAAAGCAGCAUAUGCUACAGACUCAUGAGAAGAGUUAAAACUCUGGUGGUGCUCAAACAGUGUCUUUCUGCCAAGUUUCACUUCUUUCAGAGAUGUUACCUUGAGAGAUUAUUCACAAAGGGCAUUUCUAAAGAUCCUUUCUCAUCCUGCUGGUUAGGGUGUUGAAUGUUCCUCAGAUGACAUUGCACUGAUAACGGGUCACAGAGCAACGGGUAGAUAAGCAUAAAUGAUCCACCUGUCAUAAGCUGUAUUUCUGUAUUCGUAUUCUUGGUAUGAGUAUGUUAGUUUGCUCAGCACUUUAGCUUUUUACUACUGUGUAAAACUGCUGUAUUCAUUGUGAGAUGUGAAUAGGUGAUCUAGCAAAUAACUUUUAAUGAUGAAUAAUUACAUUUUUGGGGAAAAGU